AUGGGCGUGGUGUUCUCUCCAUACCCGUAUGCGAUUGCGGGCUUCUUCUUUUCGCAGCAGCUGUUCCAGCUCGCUUGGCUGUGGAAGUUGUGGAAGCAGGAAGGAACAUCAGCAGAUCGGAUGGCACAGCUAGGCUACAUCGCGACAGCCCUCGAACCACUCAAUCGCCGCUCGACGCCCAACUUCUUCUCAUACAUCGUCGCAAAGACGUUCGCGGGCAUCGGCGUGCUCGAUCUCCUGCACAACACAUCAGCGGCCUACUACCGCGACGUCCCACCUUCAGGCCUCGUCCAAAUCGCGACUGGGGUUGGUUUCGCAGCUGCGGCGAGCGUGAGCGACUGGAUCUUCGGCGGAUGUCUGGUGUACGAUUUGGCUGAGCUGGCCGUGGGUCAGGCAGGAACGAGCUGGGGCAACCGUCUGGGAGGGUAUGGGGCGAUGACGGCUGGUAUCGUUGGCUUCAAGAACUACUUUAGAAUGUCCAGCAGUGCGUAUCGAGACCUAUGAGCGCUGCUGCCGAGUCGCAGUCCACGAUGGAAGGCUCAGAAGCACGCGUACUCGAGGGUCGAUGAGAACGCUGAUACCGUGUAAUCGCCGGGAAGACCACAAAAAGGCCAGCACACGCAGCCCUUCUGUAUACUAGUGAUCAUCAUGCUCGAACUCGGGACGGUAUGUUUCUCGUGACAAUCACCCAGACCUCGUCCCGUGCCAAGUGUCCAUGUGACAUGUUUCUGCAGUCGCUCGCGUUUUCCUUACGUUUUGGAGCUGUGCUGCCGCCUUAGUGGUGUUUAUUAGUAGUUGUAUGAAUGCCGAUGACGGAGGCGGGGCAGGUUUCCCUGCAUGCUCGAGCACCCUGCUGUGCGCAUCACUGCUCUCCGCGUAUCUCGCCUGCAUACAAAUCGACUCGCGUAGUAAUAGAUGAAUAAUUGCUGCCUCCUCACAGCACGUGGUGCAGAUUCCGGGGGAAGAGUGAGACCCCGCCAAGCCAUAAGCGGCGGGAGG